GCGGAGACUAGUAGAAGUCGAAGGCUGAACAUAGAUUUCUCGAUUUCUAGUGAUCGCAUGGUGAGUUUCUGGUCAUACAAGGGUAAAGACAGCUACACGAGAACUUCACAAACAGACUCGUGUACGACAUGAUCAAACAAUUUUUCCGCCCUUUGCUCUCGGUUCGUCCGCUUCGCUGUAUGGUGGAUGAACGGUUCGACGUGCGCGUGCAGGGUUUAUUGCCCGGUGUCCGAGUCACGCUGCACGCGCGGCUUCGUUCAGAGGACGGUGACUUUUGGGAAGGUUUCGGUCACUAUGUUAGUGAUGAGACAGGAAAUGUCAAAGUAUGUAAAGAUGCCAGUCUUGGUGGAUCAUAUGACGGAGUUGAGUCAGUGGGUUUGCUGUGGAGUAUGAAGCCGAUUCCUGGAAGUAGGACAGGCCUCAGGUAUAGGAAGAAGGAUGUCCAGGCACAGACUGACGUACACAUUUCUGUGUACAAAGACCACUUAACACACAGUUUCCAGGAGAAAACUCCUCUGGCAUCAGUCGUGGCAGAGCGGUGGUACUUGGCCCCUGGAGUCCAGAGAGUGGAUGUUACAGAGAAAGGGUUAAAGGGGACUCUUUUUAUCCCACCAGGUCCUGGUCCAUUUCCAGCUGUACUGGACCUCUGGGGUGGAGGAGGGGGUCUAGUGGAAUAUCGCUCUGGUCUUCUAGCAUCCAGAGGCUACGCCGCAUUAUCUUUAGAGUAUUGUGACCAUAAGGAUGAGGUUGGAAAGCCACGGAAUGUGGGGAUUGAAUACUUUGAGGCAGCCAUCAAUUUGCUGAGGCAGCAUCCACAGGUGUGUCCUGAAAGAGUCGCCAUUUUGGGUUUGUCAUACGGGGCUUUUUUGUCCAUGCACAUGGCGGCAUAUUCUUCAGUGAUAAAGCCCAGCUGUAUAGUCUGUAUUAGUCUGAGCCAUGUUAUACCUGGCAGUGGAGGUAUGGUUGAUAUGCCAGGACUGAUCAAGAGAAUGAUCCAGAAAAAGCACUAUGAUAAGGAAAAGCGACAGAUUUGGAGAGAUUCCCUGCUACCAAUACCAGAUGACCCUUCGAAAAAACUUGACGUGGGUCGUAUCAAAUGUCCCAUUUUAUUGAUUGUUGGGGAAGAUGAUCAGAGUUGCCCUGCAUCAGAGUCAGCAGAUGAUAUGAAGCGGAUGAUGGAGCGAGGUGGUAAUAGUCACUUGUUGACCAUUCUGUCCUACCCUGGAGCUGGACACCUUAUAGAGCCUCCUUACACUCCACAUUGCCAAGCCAGUAACUUCAUGUUGGCAGAGACAACGAGUAAAGUGUUGAUCCUGUGGGGUGGACAUACAAAGGCUCACAGUCAAGCUCAGGAAGAUUCCUGGAACAAAAUUCUGUCCUUUUUUGAGCAGUACCUCUACAGAAACCCAAGCGAUUCGAGCCACAUUUAUUUCCAGAAAAUUUAAAUCUUCUCCAGAUUACUUAUCAUGUUGUGCCUUAUAUCAGCUAUUGAAGAACAAUCAUUGGAUUAUAAAUCUAUGCUUAAAAUUUAUGUAACCUGCGUAUGACUUAUGAUGCAGAAUUAGUCAAAGUUCUGAUAGAGGACUGAUUUGAUUUGCAAAUUGUAAAUCUGUAGCUGAUGCUCAUGUAAAGGAUGCCUUAGUUGCCUUAGUGAGUUUAGAAAUAGAAAUAGCCUUUAUUUGUCACAUAUACAUUACAGUACAGUGAAAUUCUUUCUUCGCAUAUCCCAUCCUUGGAGGUUGUACUAGUAAAAUGAACUGAACAGAAAGAAAGCAGCCUUGCCCUCAUUUGCUUAAUUAUUUAAAUCAACGGAUGAUAUCUUAAAUGAAGUAAAUUGGAUUAGUAAUAAAUGUAAGGGAUAAUAAUACCUGGUUUCUGCUCUGAUUAUGUGACUUGACUACAACUAAAACUCUUGAUACAAAGAAGCAUGAAAGAAUCAAAGUGUGCUGUGAAAGUGGUCAUCCCCAAACUGUUCCCACAAAGUUGGGAGCAUGAAAUGGUCCAUAAUGUCUUGGUAUGAAGCUGAAGCAUUAAGAGUUCCUUUCACUGGAACUAAGCGGCCGAGCCCAACCCCUGAAAAACAACAUCUGAAUUCAGUGAGUUGGAGGGGUGUCCCAAAACUUUACAAUACAGUGUAAUUUAAUUUAGGUUUCUAAUUACUAGACAGUAUUAUGUAGAGUGAGUGUGAUCAAUUCAUGUAAUAAUAUUGUGAUCCAAUUAAGAUCCGGGUUUUAAUCAGGGCUGUGAAAU